AUGGACAGGUACGACAUCCAAAUGCUAGGUGUAUGGGAAACUAGAUGGACAGGAAACGGGACUCGCAAACUUGCCACGGGUCAUCAGAUACUGAACUCGGGAAGAAACGACGAACAGCACAGCAGUGGAGUAGGCUUAAUACUCACUGAAGGUUAUAGUCUGCUACUCGCCUACAGAAGACAAAGAAGAAGAAGAAAAGGAUUUUACUAUGAAGAACUGCAGAGAGCUGUGGAGGAAACACCAGUUCAUGAUGUACUCGUCAUACUUGGUGAUCUGAAUGCGAAAAUUAAUACCAACAAUGAAGGAAAAGAAUCCAUUAUGGAAAAACAUGGAUGUGGUGUGAUUAACAACAAUGGUAGUAGACUAGUAGAUUUCUGCCUAGAAAAUAAGUGGAGAGGUACACUGCAGGAUGUAAGGGCAUUGAGAGAAGCUGAUGUAGGAAGUGACCACACCCUUGUCCUAGUAAAGCUGAAAUUGAAAUUGAGAAAGAUAAAGAAAGGGGAACAACGGUCACCUCAAGUGGAUGUAAGCAAACUCAAAGAUCCUGCACUCAUGAAAUCAUUUCAGCUGGAGGUUAAAAACCGAUUUACCAUCCUAUAA